AUGAGAAAGCUCAAAAGGCUUCGCAAAAUGGCCCUCGUGGUGGGGCUAAUAAUGCUGUUACUUUGCCUGGCUUUCCACAGCAUCACUCCUUUUGAAACCAAAGAAACCAGCCCAAAGAAUGUUGCCAAGACCUCGAAAUCCCUUGAGAUGAUCAGAAAUGUCGAUAGAGCCGUCUUAGAAUCUUUUUUCGAUGAGUGGAAGUUUGGUCUGAAAAUGCUGGAAAAGCCCUCGGCACUUAACGACCAGUAUCGUCUUUCGAACCUGAUAAUGGAUGCAGUGGUGGACAGUGAGAAUUCGCAAUUGGUGGAUAUGUCGGAUCGAGAAUCGAUUCAGGGAUUUGUGAAAAGUAUCAAGAGUUACAAAUUCGAUCCAAGGCUGACAUUUUCGCUCUUUUAUCGCAAAAUGUCGGAGCUAGGAACCAACGAUAAGGUGGGCUUCAGUUGGCAAGAUUGGAAAAAAUUCGACUUGACGCUCUCGCAGGAUGGUCACAGUGAGGCUGGUUCUCACAGGAUAUCUUGCCAAGACAUAUUUGAAGAGGAGGUACUUCCUCAGGUUGACGAAAUACAGCAAUUGGGCGAGACGAGCGGGUUACGCAAGCGAAAUAUGUUCGAUCCGAAUAGUUCAGGAAAAGUGAAGGUAGCCACCAUAGAGGACGUUUGCAAAGACGACAAGGACUCCGAAGGGAUACUUGGGUUUACGGUGAAGAAAAUUGUAACUCAUUGCAAUGCGAAAUCGUUGCAGUUGCAAUCUGCAGGGUUUCUAAUGUCCGGCCACACACAUCCGUCUUCGCUCUUUUUCCUGCUGGAUGGGAAGCGGCAUAUUCACGUGGACGUGAAGCAGGCUCAAAAAUCGAACGGUAUGCUACAGAAUGGAUACCUUGACUCAUUCGUUGAGAUGGACUCUUCUAUGUCUUUUGAUGCCACCUUUGAUGCUUCAAAAGAGCUGGGAUUCCUACAGUCGAAAAUCAACUUUACACAACCUUCUCUUGAAUUGCAGACAACGGAUUUCAAGGACUUGCCGCUUACAGCAUUUCAAUUAGACGAAAAAGCUGUUCAGAACAAAAUUGCAACAUUAACUAGUAGAGAUCGAUUGACAAACAGCGAACAAGGCUACCUCAACUUUUUGAAAAAUGAUGCAUUUUUGAUCCAAGAAAGCACUUUUAAGUACUUCCAAGAGACUUCGAACUUACUUGCGCGACCGGACAUUUACCAGGACAACAUGGACGCAAGGUUUUUUUCAGGUUAUGUCACGUCUAAAUGGGAUAGAAUGCGAACGCUGAAUGCUCUUAUUAGAGGAUGGCUGGAAUUUUCUUCGCAGAUUAACAUUUCGUCUUGGAUUUCGCAGGAAUCAUUGCGUGGUCAUAUGUAUACAGGAUCUCAAUUGCCCUGGAGUACACUUCACGACGUUCACAUGCCCAUAAAGGAUUUACAUUAUCUCGCCGAAAAAUUCAAUCAGACGCUGGUCGUUCAGUCCGCUACAAUUGGCUAUGGUAGAUAUUUCAUUGAUAUACAUCCCUUCAUUUCAAGCCGGGAAAAAGGUUCCGGUGCAAAUGUGGUCGACGCCAGGUUCAUCGACGUUGAUACGGGGUUCUUCGUCAACAUCAAAGGGUUAGGAUUAGACGGAGAAGUGGACGUUAUAUUACAAGAAAUGAAGACUAAUCCUGAGCCGAACACGAUGGACAAAAAUCAGCGUAAAAUGUCCGUAAUGGCACGGAACGGAAGACAUUACCAGCUUUCAGAUUUGCUGCCAUUAAGGCCGUCCCGAUUUCAUGGCUUGCCCGUUCAUAUCCCAAGCAGGUCUCUGAGUCUAUUACAAGAAGAAUAUGAGCUAGGGCCUUAUUUUUUUGGCCCUAAGCUCAACGUUCACAAGCAGAGAGUUAUACCUGCUCUCAAUGGAUGGGUAGAAUUGUCGACUAUGAAAAGGAUUUGGGGUAUUAAAAUGACACAAACCAGUCACGAAAUGUCGCGGCGUCAACUGCACAGGUUUGCUCAGAAACUUCUGGACGGUUUCCCUGAUUUUUAUGAGGACCUUGUGUAUUGGAUAAAUUCAAGGAAGAUCUUCGAGCAUCGUUUGAAGGAAAUUAGUUUAGAAUUUUCGGACCUUGAAAUGGAUUUGAAAACUCGUCUGUUGCAGGAGUUGACUGCCUUUCCCAAAGAACUUGAAAGCCCAUUUGCCGACCCGUUUACCUUUAAGUUACAAGAAGACAGGUGGUAUCAAACCUUGGACUUUUUGAGAAUUGGAAUGGGAUCUGACUAUCAAAGGAAAUUGGUUCACGACAUCUUAUAUUCUAAAAUCAACACUCUCACAGAAAAAGACUCUUUUAUUUUCAAUGGGUACUUGACGUCUUCAGAUUUAGUUCGUCAUGGCGCGGCAAUUGAUGGUUUAUCACCCGACUGGAGCAUACCAUCGGUUUUUAAGAUGAACAUAGAAACGACGACUCCAUUAGGAAAUUCUGGGAAAAUAUUCAUCAAGGAUUAUAUGCAAUAUUAA